UGGACGCGUAUCUCCCUCGGAUGUCGUAAACAAUUCUUGAUUAAAGUGAGUGGCGACAUCAGAGGAGCGUCCUGGAAUCAUGAAACAAAGCGUGAAAUUUAGGCCGUCUUCUGCGGCGCUCAUCUCAUCCGUUAACCGAAAUAACGCAAUUAUAGAUAGUAUCAUAGUAGAUAGAGAUGCAGAGAGAGAGAAAGCAUUGCCGUUCCAACGGACACCGGCACGGCAACAUCUGGUUGGCGGCAAACGAGGGACGAAGAAACAUCGCUCAAAAAUCUCCAGUCCUUCGUAGAGAAGGGCAACGAGAAGGAGAAGAAUCGAGAAGAAGAGAAUGCAGCACAAUAUAAUCACUACGAUUCGUGCUUUGAAACUUGCAGAUGUUUGCAAGGGCGCCCAAGUUUAUGCCCUAAAUCCGCCUAUGACUACAGCUAGUGGAUGUGGAGGUGGAGGUGGAGGUGGCGGUGGCGGUGGGGGAGAUAAGCUUCAAAAUCAUGACCGUUUCAGAGCCAACCCAAUUCGGUCUAAAUCGGUUAAAACCAACACAGUAAAUGAAAUUCUCAUGCCUUACGGCCUCCCUGUCUCUGAUUCUCUUGAACCCGCCAUCGAUCCUUACCUAAAACCCGUUGAUUUCGUCGAAACCCUAGCUGAUAUCUACCGGCGCCUCGAGGCCUCUUCUCCGCCAGAAAAAUCGGCUCUCUAUCUCGAGCAGUCCUCGCUUUUUCGAGGUCUCGCCGAUCCGAAGCUUCUCCGCCGGAGCCUCCGCUCUGCCCGUCAACAUGCCGCUGACGUCCAUUCCAAGGUUGUGCUAUCUGCAUGGCUACGGUUUGAGAGGAGGGAGGAUGAGCUUGAAGGAUCCUCGUCGCUGGACUGUGGCGGACGCAAUCUUGAAUGUCCCAAGGCCGCUCUAGUACCUGGGUACGAUCCGUACUCGAUCUACCACCCUUGUCCGUGUCUCCGCUCCCGUCCGGAGGCGGCUGGUUUGGGGAUUUCAACUGGAGAAGAGGAGUGUUCCACCUCUAAUGAGGAUGGGGAUAUUUCAUUCUUCAUUGACGACGAGGAGGUCAGAUGUGUUCGGUAUAACAUUGCCACUCUCUCGAGGUCCUUGAAUGCUAUGCUAUAUGGUGGCUUUACAGAGUCACGGAGGGAGAGAAUAAAUUUUUCCCAUAAUGGGGUAUCGGUGAGAGGGAUGAAAGCGGUUGAGGUUUUUAGCAGGACAAGGAAACUAGACUCUUUUCCUCCGGAUGUCAUAUUGGAGCUCCUGUCUUUCGCAGACAAGUUCUGUUGUGAGGAGAUGAAGUCUUUAUGUGAUGCUCAUCUAGCAUCUCUGGUUUGUAAUCUCGAUGAUGCAUUGCUAUUUAUUGAAUAUGGGUUGGAGGAGAGUGCUCAUCUUCUGGUGGCAGCUUGUCUUCAAGUUUUCCUGAGAGAGCUGCCGAGAUCUUUAAUCAACCCGAAUGUGCUGAGAUUUUUAUGUAGUCCUGAGUGUAAAGAGAGAUUGACCAUGGUAGGCCACAAUUCCUUCGUGCUAUAUUACUUCUUGAGCCAGGUGGCAAUGGAGGAAGAUAUGAAAUCAAACACCACGGUUAUGCUGUUGGAGAGGUUGGGAGAUUGUGCGACGGAGGGGUGGCAGAAACAGCUUGCCUUCCACCAGUUGGGUUGUGUGAUGCUUGAGAGAAAAGAGUACAAAGAUGCUCAGAAUUGCUUCGAGGCAGCAGCCAUGGCGGGACAUGUAUAUUCGCUCGCUGGCGCUGCAAGGACCAAGUAUAAACGUGGACACAAGUACUCGGCGUACAAGCAGAUGAACUCCCUUAUCUCUGAGCAUACACCAGUUGGGUGGAUGUACCAAGAGCGAUCCCUGUAUUGUAUUGGGAAAGAGAAGACGAUGGAUUUAAACACAGCGACCGAGUUGGAUCCCACUCUUUCGUAUCCGUACAAGUACAGGGCUGUUGUAAUGUCAGAGGAGAAGAAGAUUGGAGCAGCCAUCUCAGAGCUCAAUAAGAUUAUCGGGUUCAAGGUCUCUGCGGACUGCCUUGAACUGCGUGCUUGGUUCUCCAUUGCCGUCGAGGAUUAUGCAGGAGCUCUGAGAGAUGUCAGGGCACUGUUGACUUUGGAUCCAAAUUAUAUGAUUUACCAUGGCAAGAUGAAUGGAGGUCGCUUGAUUGAGCUCCUCCGCCAGCGUGUUCACCAGUGGAGUCAGGCUGAUUGCUGGAUGCAACUUUACGAUCGAUGGUCAUCUGUUGACGAUAUUGGCUCUCUGGCUGUUGUGCAUCAAAUGCUGGAAAAUGACCCGGGGAAGAGCCUCCUACGAUUUCGACAAUCUCUUCUCCUUCUUCGGUUAAAUUGUCAAAAGGCUGCAAUGCGCAGUUUGCGAUUGGCUCGAAAUCAUUCCAACUCAGAACAUGAGAAGCUUGUCUAUGAAGGAUGGAUUUUAUAUGACACUGGCCAUCGUGAGGAAGCAUUAGCAAAAGCUGAGGAAUCCAUUUCUGUUCAGAGGUCAUUUGAAGCUUUUUUCCUUAAAGCAUAUGUUUUAGCAGAUACAAGCCUUGAUCCUGAAUCUUCAUCUUAUGUUAUCCAUCUUUUGGAAGAAGCCCUUAAAUGCCCUUCCGAUGGCCUUCGGAAAGGACAAGCAUUAAAUAAUCUAGGCAGUGUGUAUGUGGACUGUGAUAAACUGGAUCUUGCUGCUGACUGCUAUGUCAGUGCUAUUAAUAUCAGGCACACACGAGCACAUCAGGGUCUGGCACGUGUUUAUCAUCUCAAGAAUCAAAGGAAACCUGCUUAUGAUGAGAUGACAAAGCUGAUAGAGAAGGCUCGAAAUAAUGCGUCAGCUUAUGAGAAACGCUCAGAGUAUUGUGAUCGUGACAUGGCAAGGAAUGAUCUUAGUAUGGCAACAGAAUUAGAUCCACUGAGAACGUAUCCAUAUAGAUACAGGGCUGCAGUUCUGAUGGAUGACCACAAAGAAAUUGAAGCAAUAUUAGAGCUUACAAAGGCCAUACUUUUCAAACCGGACCUGCAGUUGCUCCAUCUUCGGGCAGCAUUCCAUGAUUCAAUGGGUGACAUCACUUCCACUCUCCGGGAUUGCGAAGCAGCUCUUUGCCUUGACCCCAACCACAUCGACACUCUUGAAUUGUAUAAAAAGGCACGAGUUGCUGGUAAACAGCAGAAGAAAUGAGAGACCCAUAUUUAUGCUGCUCAACAAAAUCUCUAUGGGCAUCCAAUUACUGCCAAUUUUUCGCCUACCAUCAAAUCCAAAACUCAUCUUCUUACACAUUUUUUUCCGGUUUUUUUCCGGACUUGGUUUCUGAAAGCAGUUGAGUGCUGAUAUUGGUCACAGCCAUGAGAAGAGGAUAAAGAGUGAGGAGCUAAUGAGGAGGGGCAUGGUAGUAUGUAUAUACUUACACCUUCGUUAUGAAAUUGAUAUGAUCUUACUGCAGAAUAUUGCUGCUGCCCACCAGACUACUGUGGUAUAGACGGUGCUGUAAACAGGAAAAAAAAAAGAUUGAUUGUUUACAUGAUGAAAAUGAACAACUCGUGUUGUUGAUGCCCAGUUGAAUUGUUAGCCUACUGUGACACAAACCAAGACCACCAAAAGGUAGUUUGCAAUAACCAUCAAAGACAACAAUUGCAUUUC